AAGUAUAGUGUAGAAGAUUAUUGUACCAUCUAAACCACUGUCAAAUAUAGUUUCCAAUAACCAAAAAUAUUGUAUUUUCAUCUGUUUGGAUGUGGUGUACAAGGCCGAAAGUAAAAGACACAAAAACAAAACUUAAGAACGGGAAGCAUAGAAAUAGCGCACAUAGAACAGCUCUAAUACACACAUUUCUAUGUGAAUUUGGCCGUGUCGCCAUAAAAAGUUACAUAUUGCAGCUUUAAUGCCCAAAUAAGUGGACUGGGAUUUAACAGGAUUUGUUGAGUGAAGUGAAACUUUCUUGGCCGUUUCAUUGAUUAACAUUUAAUGCUAAUUUAUAUCCUGACAUCAAUUUGUAAUAUUGAGUUCUCAAUAUCUAUCAUAUCUAAGAGGAUAUCAUACAUGUAUAGAGAUAUGAGAUGAUGAUUUAAUCGGUAUUGGAGAAGCAAUUGCAUUCUGCCUCAUGAGGCUCUAGAGAGAGAAUGAAUGUCGGGGAAAACCCGUCGCCUUGUCUACAUCCACGAAAAAUAGGAAAUGGACUUGAUUGAAUGUCAUUUGUAGACAUCAUGGCAAAAAGUUUAGCGUACGAACCAUAUCCAUAAAAUGCUUUCCCAAACCAAAUUUCCUUAAAUCCGCCAACAAUACUGCCAUUUGAGCCUGUAAAAAGCUCUUUUGGCAUCUAGUGACAGCACAGCGCACGGUGUGUCCAACUGUUGUUUCAUGUAUUCCGUGCAUUAAAUGAUGGACUUAGAUUUGCGCUAUUGAAUUAUUGCGAUAGUAGCUUGUGUCCACAAAUUCCGAUAUAAACGAAACAUCAUUUGGUCCAAUUCCUUUAAGGUUUUUGGAGAUGUUUAAAAAAUAUAUUGUUUCAUAAAGAAAGCAAACAAUAACCAUUUUUUUUCUCUCACUUGUGUGAAAAAUAGCUGGGAGUCGAGGAGGGAGUCAGCAGGAGGGGGGCAGACAGGGAUCGUGAUCGUUUAGUCUGCCCUGGGGACAAGCUCCACAGUGUCACUGCUGCCCAUAUUCGGUGGCUGAGCAAGGAGGGCCAGGUGGUGGUUCCCGAGCGCGGCACAGUCAAGCGUGGACACAGCGCAUGCUGACAUUUUGCCUUCCCCGACUGCUGCAGGGGGAGGAAAAAUCUGCUUUUCCAUAUGCUUGUGCUCGUUGCACCCCUUUCCCGGGUCACUGGCAGAUGGAUCCCUGAACAUUGUUUACCUUCAGUGGCAGUCCCAGAUGAAGAGUGUGUCCAUUGGCAUUCCCAUUCUGUCCAGUUUUCCCCUCUCUCCUUAGCCAAGGAGCCGGACGGAAUACUCUCUCUCACACACACACACUUGUAUAAAAGGUACAUUCUCACAAAGCUACAUACCCAUCUCGUCACAUAUUCCCCAUCGCUUACAGAUUCCAGAAAAAAAAUGUAUCGUAUUUCUCUAACUUGUUCUCUCAUUCUACCAGAAACUACCCUGUCCACACUUGUUUGCAAUGUGUUGUGUAGUGUGACCAUAUGGGCCCCUCCCUGAUGUCUGUUUAGUUCCAGACAGACAGACCUCCAGAUGUUUCCAGUGUGGCGGCUGGAGGGACAGAUGCUUUUGGCUGGACUGGGUUGGACCAACACUCCAUUCAAUGGUCCCAAGGCGGAACCCCGCCCCGCUUGGUCACCGAGACCAUCACAGUGCCAGUAAAAGAACAUCCAUCUGCCAUAAAUCAGAGAACAACAUCGAAAAUGAUCAAGCUUAGAGAGGAGCCCAGCGACUAUGCAGACCAGUCAAGAGGGAAGAGUCCGGUCAACAACAGCACACUGGUCCCGGUCAAAGGCAUCAACAACCUCGGAAACACCUGCUUCUUUAACGCAGUUAUGCAGAAUCUGUCCCAGACUCACAUGCUGAACGAUCUGAUACAGGAUGUGAAGGAGAAGGGACACAAGCUGAAGAUCUGCCCCCCUGCCGAGUCAAAUGUGGGGGCGUUGAUGGUGACUCUGCCCAGCCCAGAGCCCCUGACCUCGGCCAUGUUCCUCUUCCUACACAGCAUGAAGGAGUCUGGGAAGGGCCCUGUCAACCCCAAGACCCUUUUCAACCAGCUCUGCCAGAAGGCUCCACGCUUUAAGGGCUACCAGCAGCAGGACAGCCAGGAGCUGCUCCAUUACCUACUGGACUCCAUGAGAGUAGAGGAGACUAAGCGGAUCAAAGCGGGCAUUCUGAAAUCCUUCAACAACCCCACAGAGAAGACUGCAGAUGAUGAGACCAAACGCCAAGUCAAAGCAUACGGGAAGGAGGGUGUGAAGAUGAACUUUGUGGAUCGCAUAUUUGUGGGGGAGUUGACCAACACCAUCAUGUGUGAGGAGUGUGAGCAUAUCUCCACAGUGAAGGAAGCCUUCAUUGACAUCUCCCUGCCCAUCAUUGAGGAGCGGAUGUCCAAGCCGUCCAACCCGGGCAGGACUGGGAAGAGCAGUCGGGAGCAAGAAGCUCACAUCUCCCACGGUGACGAGAUGCUUUCCGCAGCGCUCAAUAAGAACAGCAGGAAACUUAGCGGACAGCAGCAGCAGGGCCAUAAGUCCCCUGGCUCUGUGGAAGAGAAGGGGGCAGACAGCCCCUCGGAGGAGUCCCCCUCCGUAAUGGCCCGUGCUGCAGGAGUUUCCAAAAUGGCCGCCACCAGCAGCCUAUCUGAUGGCAGUGAGAAAGACUCGGGCCCCCAGGACAGCAGCAAUGACGCCGACAGCGAGGCCUCGGAGAGCGAGUGGACCCCCCGGCACUCCUCGGGCCACAGCCAUGGUGGCAGAGGGUCCACCCCUACCCAGUCUCCCACCCUGUCCGCCCUCUCCCCCAGGACCCAGCAUGGUGGUGCUGUGGAGCAGCUGGUCAGUGCAGUGCAUAAGAUUAACCUGGGACCUGAUUCAGCGGACUCACCCUCUACACACUGUCUUGAGGACCAGGUGGAGCCCCAGCCUCAACAUCCUCAACAGUCUCCUCACUCCCACCACCAGGGGGCAUUCCAGGCCCUGUCCCACAGCUAUACGCCCUGCUCCAAGGAGUGCUCCGUUCAGUCCUGCCUUCACCAGUUCACCUCGGUGGAGCUUCUGAUGGGCAACAACAAGCUGUUGUGCGAGAGCUGCACGGACCGCCGGCAGAAACAACUGAGGAAGAGCACCUCAGCAGAGAAGAAGUCUGACAAGGUGUACACCAGCGCUCGCAAACAGAUACUGAUCUCUUCGCUGCCCCCGGUGGUCACUCUGCACCUCAAACGCUUCCAUCAGGCAGGGAUGAACCUACGAAAAGUCAACCGUCACGUCAACUUCCCUCUCAUCCUGGACCUGGCUCCGUUCUGCUCGGCAUCCUGCAAGAACCUGGUGGCGGGGGAGCGUGUGCUCUACAGCCUGUAUGGCAUCGUGGAACACAGCGGGUCGAUGCGCGGGGGCCACUACACAGCGUAUGUAAAGGUCCGCUCGCCCCAGAGGAGAACCGAGCAGCCACAGCGCAGAAACCUGGCAGGUCCAAGGGAAGCAAGCAGUGCUACUCAGUGUCAGUGGGUUUAUGUAAGUGACACCAAUGUCCAGACGGUACCAGAAUCCAGGGUCCUCAACUCUCAAGCCUACCUGCUGUUCUACGAGGAGAUGCUGUGACUGCCAGAGCACGGAGCUACCCAACAAUCGUUGGUCUCUCAGGAGACCGGAGAAGAGGGGGGGGGGGAGAGAGAGACCUGCUUUGGGUAUACCGCUCUCUAAACUUUGACUCCCAAGAGCAUGAAACAUGGCAAGCACUACAUGAUGGGAUUUGUAGGCCAUCAGGGACAUGCAUUACAUUGAUGUAUACUGGACUGCUCAGCAUUGAAGGGUUACCACACUCUUUGUGUCUCAGUCCACUUACUGAACGUCCCCAUACAGUUGCUCAUACCUCUGUAGGUGAAAGAGACUGAGUGAGAAAGCGAGAGAGUGGCAGAAUAGUAUGUUUAAUUAGCACAAAUUAUACAGAAAAAAAUGCUAUGUUAUUUAUAUUUUACAGCCUGCUGUGGUGAAUACGAAUUGUAUUUUUUUGUAGAACAUGCGAAUGUGUGACUAUCAUUAAAUGGUGAUUGCCAAAGAGUUUUUGGUAGAAGAAAUAAUAUAAAAUGAUGGAAAACAUACACAAAAGACUUAAGUGCCAAAAGAAUGUGAUCUCAAACUAUUCCUGAAAGGAGAGGUCCAUAAUGUGGCAGGCCAUCCGAGUGUGUUUCAGACCAAUACAUUACUGUGUUGGUCGGCACUUUUCAAUUCUAUCUCUACGUUUGUGCACCGGUGUGCAUAUUUAAAUCUCUAACCACACGUAUUCAAACACAUUGCGAUGUUUAACAAAGGGACAUUGCUACAUAUAUGAUUGCCAGCUCGCCGGACAAUAAACAGUCGUUUUCAUUUCAUUAGUCUUUUUAUCCCAUACUUUCUGCUGUAGUUAAACUAAAGGCAGUGAAUGUGUUGAUCAAUCUUCAGAUUCAAAUGUGUCUCACCAUUUAUGUUAAUCGUUCUGCAAAUAUUUUUUGGGGGGAAUGAAAUGGAGAUAUUUUAUCUGUCGGUUGUUGGGACAUUGCCAAAUUAUUCUGGUCAAGUGAAGGAUUACUUUAAGUAAAGAUACGGUUUGAUGAAUUUCUUUCAAAACAAAUAAAUACUCAGUGCCUACA